AUGAGCGCGGCGACGGUCGCGCCGAUCCCGGACGAAGUCGGGCUCUUGCUAACUCCCCAGCAACGCAAUGCUGUGCAAGACCGUGUGAAUGCGCUCUUGGGAUGGAACUCGCGGGAACUUGCGCCCAUGUCGACGAGCAUGCCCAUGCUCCGGUCCCAUCGAAAGCAAAUUGUCGACCUCGGGUAUCUCGUGGGGUCGCUAUGGACCGGCAUCCGGUACUUGGCGCUUCUCGUGUCAGGACGUUGCUACUUUAUCGCACACAACUACGAGAUCCGCGAGACGUGGUUGUUUGCGCCGCUGCGGCAACAAGACCGACCGCAGUCCAUGGCAAACGCCAGUGAGAACGAGCCGAGCCAGCACGUAUGGACGAUUCUCGAUGGCACGCUUGUGCUCAACCAGGACAAGCUGUGCUACGUCAUCUCGGACAUGCUUGCGAUGAACGGCGUGUCCGUGAUGUCGCUCAAACUCGAGGACCGCCUCAAGACGAUCCAGAACUCGGUCAUCAGUCCGCUGCUCAAAAUUCCCAUGGCCAAGGGCCAUCCCCCGAGCCAGUUUUCACUGCUCUUCCCACCCAACCGACCAUUGAACAAGAUGGCGAGCUCGGUCCGACAGCUCACACCGGUGCCAACGAACACAGCCGUCCAGCACGCAGGACUCAUGUUCAUCCCGCUCUCGCUGCCGUACGCUCCUGGCCACAGCAAAGGCGUGUACUACUGGACGUAUCCAUCCGCGGCUUCCGCCUUUUUCCAGCUCGGCGUCGACUGGCGCGGCAUGCCCAAGAAACCUGUUUUCAAACUCAACGUGUUUGACAAAGGCAUGAAUGUCUUCUACGACUGGAUCACGUUUCCUCAAGACGCGUACGACCACUUUUGCGCCGACAAGAAGGUGUCCCACCGCAUUAUCGAGUGUGUUUUCGACCCGGACAUGCCGACAUUUAUCCCGUCGGACGACAAGAGCGACAAUAGCGGCCACACCAACUUUCACCAUGACGUGCACGGCGUGGGGUAUCGAAAAGGUGGUUGGAAGCUCAUCCGUGUGCGAAAAGACAUGGGUCGGCCCCACGAGCGAGCGCACGUCGGCGCGCUCGAGAAAGCGCUCGUGCACGACCCGAUUCGCAGCGACGAGCUCGAGUUUUUCUUUACGGACCACCACCACCAAUACCCGUCGAAAGCGCCGCCAGCGACCGCGACUGGACCGACGCUGUCGUCGAUGCCUCCGCCAAACCUCGCGCCCGACGAAAUCGAAAAGUGGAAAAAAAGCGGCGGCGGCGGCGGACCGACCGGCCAAGGCGUGUGCUACGACUUUCAAAACAAAGGCGUGUGCCAACGCGGCGCCAAGUGCCACUUUUCCCACUGCGCGUGCCACAACGUGUGCCAGUGCACGCCGGCGGCGCACACGUACGGCCAACGGCCCGACUUUCGACGGAAUGAUCUCGACGCCCCGCCGCCCGAGACCCUCCUCGGCCCGACAGAGUCGUCGUCCGGAGCCGACGGCACAACCGCGCCGACGGGACCGCUAGACGACCACCAUGGCAACGGCGGCGUGGAAGGAGGCAUCGAAGCCAGCGCGGCGAGUGCUGGUGUCGCGAAAGGAGCUGUCCUGGAAUGUCUUGGUGGCGCGGCCACCAUCGCGACAUCUCGCGCGUCCAAGCAGCUCGCGACGGCAGUCUCGUCCGGCGUGUACGCACCAUUGACGUCAUGCGACAAGGAAGCAGUGGCGGCGAAGCGCGCGCUGCUCACGGCGACGGCCAACCGACGGAUGUGGUCGAGUCUGGGCGUACUCGACGCGGCCGAUGGAGGCGGCGCCAAGAAGAAGCUCAAGAAGGCGCCUGGACGUAGCGCCAAAGUCGGAUGGAUUGUGAGUGCGCUGGGCGAAGUCUCCGGCCACACCAACUUUCACCAUGACGUGCACGGCGUGGGGUAUCGAAAAGGUGGUUGGAAGCUCAUCCGUGUGCGAAAAGACAUGGGUCGGCCCCACGAGCGAGCGCACGUCGGCGCGCUCGAGAAAGCGCUCGUGCACGACCCGAUUCGCAGCGACGAGCUCGAGUUUUUCUUUACGGACCACCACCACCAAUACCCGUCGAAAGCGCCGCCAGCGACCGCGACUGGACCGACGCUGUCGUCGUUGCCUCCGCCAAACCUCGCGCCCGACGAAAUCGAAAAGUGGAAAAAAAGCGGCGGCGGCGGCGGACCGACCGGCCAAGGCGUGUGCUACGACUUUCAAAACAAAGGCGUGUGCCAACGCGGCGCCAAGUGCCACUUUUCCCACUGCGCGUGCCACAACGUGUGCCAGUGCACGCCGGCGGCGCACACGUAUGGCCAACGGCCCGACUUUCGACGGAAUGAUCUCGACGCCCCGCCGCCCGAGACCCUCCUCGGCCCGACAGAGUCGUCGUCCGGAGCCGACGGCACAACCGCGCCGACGGGACCGCUAGACGACCACCAUGGCAACGGCGGCGUGGAAGGAGGCAUCGAAGCCAGUGGGGCGAGUGCUGGUGUCGCGAAAGGAGCUGUCCUGGAAUGUCUUGGUGGCGCGGCCACCAUCGCGACAUCUCGCGCGUCCAAGCAGCUCGCGACGGCAGUCUCGUCCGGCGUGUACGCACCAUUGACGUCAUGCGACAAGGAAGCAGUGGCGGCGAAGCGCGCGCUGCUCACGGCGACGGCCAACCGACGGAUGUGGUCGAGUCUGGGCGUACUCGACGCGGCCGAUGGAGGCGGCGCCAAGAAGAAGCUCAAGAAGGCGCCUGGACGUAGCGCUAAAGUCGGAUGGAUUGUGAGUGCGCUGGGCGAAGUCUCGUACGUGCGUGGUGCCACGGCGGGCGGUGACAAAGCAUAG